AUGGUGGCCUUUGAUGAGGAUGAUGACCGUGAUGUGCUCGGGUCUCAAGAUGGCAGUUCUGACAACGAUGCCGAUGAAACCAUGAGAGACAUUGAUGAUGGGGACGGAGACGGAGAUAUUGAUCAAGAUGCCGAUGGCGACCUAGACCCAGAUGCCGAUGGCGAUCAGGAUGGAGAUGGAGACGGCGAUGGUGAUAUGGAUGGAGAAGGUGACGGCGAUGGUGAAGGCGACGAAGAAGAGGAUGCUGAGAGCCAAUCUGGUGGCAGUCAGCCCUCCGAUAACGAAGAGUCUGGAGAGCCAGCAGCGACCCAGGAUGGCACGCAGCAAUCAUCUUCUGCGCAGGGAGAUGCUUCACGCGGAACAGCAGCUCAAUCUAACAUCCUCCCUGAAUUUCUUGAAGCUCUUACUUAUGACAUUGUCCCUACCAUCGCAGCCCCACAAAGUACAUCUAUUAACGCUGUCUGUGCCACAUCUGACAUGCGAUGGGUUUUCACGGGUGGUUCAGACGGUUAUAUCCGGAAAUUCAACUGGGUUGAUUCAGUCAAUAAUAAGCUUGCUCUUACCGUUGCACAGCGACAUCCCUUUGUGGACAGUGUAGUGAAGGCUGGGGUUCUCAUGACUUACUGGGAAAAUAUGGACGCGAGACCUGUGGCAAACCAAGCUUUGUCUCCUGUUUACUCACUCGCAUGUCAAAGUCAGGCUCUUUGGCUGCUUUCUGGUACUUCGUCUGGAGCUAUUAGAUUGCAAUCUAUCAGACAUGAUGAAGGCCGAGAGAUCGCGCUGCUGCGGAAGCACACUUCUGCAGUCUCCGUGCUUUCAUUGUCUCAUGACGAAAAGAGCCUCCUCUCGGGCAGUUGGGAUAAAACCGUUCUGGACUGGGACCUAGAGACUGGUCAAGUCAGAACAGCAUUUGGUGCACGUGCCGGACAAAUUUCUGCCAUUGAAAGUCGACCUAUGUCAUCUCUGCCUGUGCCCGCUGAGCUAGGAGAGGUGGCCCCUGUCAGCGGAACGUUUGCUUCAAAUGAUGCAAAGCCUACCACAAAUGGGAUCAAAGCGGAGGCCUCCAGUCGAGCCGCUUCGCAGGGAGUUGUAGCUACACCGGACUCAUUAUUUGGCGAUGGUGGAGACGACGACUUGUUCGGAGACGGCAACGUGAAUAUGACCAAUGGUAGUGACCUGAACGACGUCUUUGGCGGGGAAGACGAUGAACUGAGUCGGGCAAUGACAAGCGCGCCACAUCCAGAGGAGUUGGUCGACCAAGUCAUGCAAGACUCGACAGAAAAGCCGGCGGCUACGGAACAAGAAGGCCAAGAAAGCAACAACUCUCAGGAUGUCACGAACGAGGUGAACGGGAUCACAAGCACUGCUGAACAACGAUUGACGAACGGGCUUGCUCACGCUGAAGACCUGGAAAAGGAGCCAAUGAACGAGGGAAGCAAUCGAGAUGAGGACGCACCUCCCACAUCUGACUCAACCUUCCUCGCCACCUCAAUCGACGGAACCAUUCGUGUCUGGGAUCGUAGACAGGCCGAUCCUGUUGCACGGAUUCUGCCUCGAAAUACACCACCUUGGUGCCUCAGCGCGUGUUGGUCCCCCGAUGGCAAUUUUAUCUAUGCAGGGCGAAGAAACAAUACUGUUGAAGAGUACGACCUGCGGAAAGGAUUGAAAGGGCCCGAGCGCGUGUUUCGAUUCCCCAAUGGGAGCGGUGCAGUCACAUCGGUAAGGGCUAUGCCCAACGGCCGCCACCUCAUUUGUGCAUCUUAUGAUAUCCUCCGAUUGUACGAUUUGAAAGAUUCCCAAGCAACGAGAUCCACUGUUCCGUUUCUAAUAGUGCCUGGUCAUCGUACAGGGGUUGUUUCACAUCUUUAUCUCGACCCGGCUUGUCGAUUCAUGCUGUCAACAGGGGGUAAUCGAGGUUGGGAAGGAGCAUCGACCGAGGUGUUACUAGGCUACGAGAUAGCAGUACCCAAUCGAUGA